AACUAUGCAAAGCUUAUUCCUGGAGCUACUGUUGGGCAACUACAGAAAGAUUCUGGAAAUAUUCUCCAGCUGAUCGUUGCUGCAUAUCAGGAGCUGAGAUCUGAAGUAGAACUGGAGGUCUUUGGAGACACAGAAGGACUUGAUCUCUCUUUCACUGCAAUCUGUAACAAUGGCACCUUUUUUCAACAUAAGAGGAAAUGCUCUCAGGUGAAAGUGGGAGAGAUGGUCUCUUUUAAUAUGACCGUAAGUCUCCCUACUUGUGAAAAAAAUAGAAGACGUAUUGUGAUCAAACCAGUGGGUCUCAGUGAUGUCCUGGAAAUUGAAAUUCAUCCACAAUGCAGCUGUAACUGUCAGGCAAAGGCUGAGGCAAACAGCUCAAAAUGCAACAGUGGGAAAGGAUCUUUUGAGUGUGGAGUCUGUGUCUGCAGCCCUGGCUACGUGGGUCCACAUUGUGAAUGUGAUGAGAAUGCCCCCAGCACUAAUUCUUGCAAGGGCUCCACAGAACAGAGUUCCUGCAGUGGGAGAGGUGACUGCUACUGUGGGCAGUGUGUUUGCCACUCAUCGAUGUAUGGAAAAAUUUAUGGGCCACGUUGUGAAUGUGAUGACUUCUCUUGUGUGAGGCACAGAGGACUUCAGUGCGGAGGCAAUGGUGACUGUGAUUGUGGUGAAUGCAUGUGCCACAGUGGAUGGACUGGGGAAUACUGCAAUUGCACAACCGACACCAGCUCCUGCCUUUCUGAGGAUGGGAUGCUGUGCAGCGGGAGAGGGGACUGCAUCUGUGGCUCCUGUGCUUGCACACACCCAGGGGCUUCUGGAAGCACGUGUGAAAAAUGCCCACUAUGUGGUGACCCUUGCGGUUCUAAACGGAGCUGUGUAGAAUGUCAUUUGGCUUCUGAUGACAAGUCACAGGGAGAAUGCAGUGAAAAAUGUAAAUUGGUGGAUGCAACUGUCAGCACUGCAGAGGAUUUCUCACAGGAUAAAUCCAUUCCCUGCUCUUUGCAGGGGGAAAAUGAAUGUGUUACCACAUUUCUCCUGACUACGGAUGAACAGGGAAGAACAAUCAUUCACAGCAUAAAAGAGAAUGAUUGCCCACAACUUCCAAAUAUCCCAGUGAUAAUGGUGGGUGUCACACUUGCUAUCCUUCUGAUCGGCGUUGUUUUACUUUGCAUAUGGAAAUUGCUAGUAUCAGUUCAGGACCGAAAAGAGGUGGCCAGAUUCGAAGCAGAAAGAUCAAAAGCUAAAUGGCAAACGGGAACAAAUCCACUAUACAUAGGCUCAACAACCACAUUCAAAAACGUAACUUACAAGAACCAGGAAAAGCAAAAAGGGGCCAUGACUGCAGAUUUCUACUAG